ACACGGGCAUUUCAACUUCCCAAAAUACCCUUAUCGUUAACAAAGCACGAUACACAGAACUAGGUUAACCCCAAAUAUCCCAAUCCUCUCUCCGGCGGCAGAAAACAUGGCGGCGAUUCAAAACGAACCGGCGAAGCUACGUUGGGGAGAAUUGGAAGAAGACGACGGCGAAGAUCUCGCUUUUCUGUUACCUCCACCUCAGACCAUAGGUCCCGACGAAAACGGAAUCAAGAGGGUUAUCGCGUACCAGUUUGAUGAUGAUGGUAACAAGGUUAAGAUCACAACAACCACUCGUACCCGCAAACUCGCCAACGCGCGCCUCAGCAAACGCGCCGUCGAACGCCGUUCGUGGCCGAAGUUUGGAGAUGCUGUUCAGGAAGACGUUGGUGCUCGCCUCACUAUGGUCUCCACCGAAGAGAUCGUCCUAGAACGCCCCAAACCUCUUGGUUCCAGCAAGGAGGAUGCAAAGACUAGUGACCCAUUGGCUCAGUUCAAUAAAGGUGCUGUUCUCAUGGUAUGCAGGACUUGUGGGAAGAAGGGUGACCAUUGGACUUCAAGGUGUCCAUAUAAGGAUCUCGCACAGCCGUCUGAGGGCUUUGUUGAUAAACCUCCAACCGCAGAUGGUGCUGCGGCUCCUGCUGGUUCGACUAAGGGUGCAUAUGUACCUCCUAGCCUGAGAGCUGGUGCGGAGAGGACUACUGGGUCAGACAUGAGGCGGAGGAACGAUGAGAAUUCUGUUCGGGUAACCAACCUCUCGGAGGACACAAGGGAGCCUGAUUUGCUUGAGCUUUUCCGGCCUUUUGGUGCUGUGAGCAGGGUCUAUGUUGCUAUAGACCAAAAGACUGGCAUGAGUAGGGGAUUUGGCUUUGUUAACUUUGUCAGCAGGGAAGAUGCUCAAAGGGCUAUUAACAAACUCAAUGGAUAUGGCUACGACAAUCUCAUUCUGAGAGUUGAAUGGGCCACCCCUAGAACAACCUAAGUAUUCGCUGUUUUUGAAUUUUUUUGCCCCCUUUUACUUUAUGAAGAUCUACCAGUUUUAUAGUCUGAGUUUAAAACCAUCUGUUGUUUCCUCUGUGUUAAUUUAUUAUUUGUAAAAGUAAAUGUUUAUUCAAGAUCGCUGUUUGGUUAUGGAUGAUAAUCAAUACCUUGAGGAUUGUUUACUCAUUAUCACUUGUUGGCUAUUGAUGAUAAUCAGUAUUAUGAAUAUUGUUUACAGGUUGA